GUUCUGUCUAACUCUGCCUUCUCUCCGCUGAGGAUGAGAUUCUUACGUUCGAAGAUUGGAAAGACUGUGCACUGUGACCAAAGGGCGAGGGCCCCCCGCUGCCUAAGUGCCGCAGCCAUUCUGUCCAAGGAAGUGCCUUCAGAAUUAACGUUUAUACCCGACUACUUCUCACUUCACGAACAAUGUGUUCUGCUGAAGGCGUCGCUCACGAAGUUAGAUGCAGUCGAAAGCAGACAGGCUCUUCGCCACCGCAAAUCUCUCCCGCCGCUACCUCCAUGUAUAUCGCCGACCAAGGCGGCGGACAUAUUCCUUCCGGAUAGAUAUUAUCAUUUCUACGAAGGUCAUUUGGAUGGCGUUAUCAGGAAUUACAGGGAAACUCAUCUCACGGCAUGGCCUGAACAUGAACUGCAGGGCUUAACACCCGUGCUAAAGCGCCUCUACGACUUAACUCCGACCAGGGACGUACAAACACACCUACUGCACCUCGCGUCGGAUGGGGAGAUACGUCCGCAUGUCGACAACGUCACUGCCAGCGGAAAUUGGAUAUUAGGAGUCAGUCUUGGGGCGGACCGGAUACUUCGUCUAGAGUCCAUGGAUGAAUCAGAUAACUACGACGUCUUGCUGCCGAGCGGAAGCCUCUAUAUCCAGGAGGGCAACUUGCGUUACAACUACAAGCAUUCGAUUCUGAACGCACGAGAGUUCCGUGGUGAAAAAUUAGCGGGCGGGCAGCGGCUAAGUAUCAUGAUUCGCGACCUCUUCCGGCCUAAUCUCGUGUAGAGAGCAACGGGGCAAAGGACAUCUUGCGAAAUUUCAUCGUGCCACGGUGAAGAUGGGACCCACAAGCUCGUUCUACUAAACGCGACUUGCCGCGGCUUCGUAUGUCAUUCCUCCACCGAAUCUCAUGGGCAAGUCACGUAAUAGGCCGCUUGGUCGACUAGCCGAGACUCCCGCUUGUCCGUGCACGUCAGAGCCACGUCUAACUCUGAAGAGCCGGACCAGAUGCGCCUCUUCGUCGGUUUGGACAUUGUCGUGUGAACCAAACAUAGGGCCCAGGAUAAUAUAAAUCACCGGUCUUCCCGCUGAGUUCUGCACUGUUAGUUUUCUUGAUUGGUUAUAAAGUUUGUUAACAUGGUC